AUCUAUUGUAUCGAGAUGCUAGUAGGAUAUGAACAUUCUCUUUCCAAAUUGACUCAGAUGAACUUUAAUUGUGCCCAACUGCAGGUCAACAUGGAAUAUGGUCUUGAUCCAUCCAUUGGGAAAGCAAUUAUGCAAGCAGCUCAAGAGGUGGCUGAAGGAAAGCUAAAUGACCAUUUUCCACUGGUUGUGUGGCAGACUGGUAGUGGGACCCAAAGUAAUAUGAAUGCCAAUGAGGUUAUUGCAAAUAGAGCAGCUGAAAUUCUUGGCCAUCAACGAGGUGAAAAUUUUGUGCAUCCAAAUGACCACGUAAACAGAUCACAAUCUUCUAAUGACACAUUCCCAACGGUGAUGCACAUCGCUGCUGCAACGGAAAUAAAUUCGACAUUAAUACUGAAGAUGAAACGUUUGCAGGCUGAGGGAAACAGAAAAUCAGUGGAGUUCAAAGAUAUCAUAAAAAUUAGGCGUGGUCACACUCAAGAUGCAACACCUUUGACUUUGGGGCAAGAGUUUAGUGGCUACACCACGCAAGUGAAAUAUGGAAUUGACCGAGUCCUGUGCACCCUUCCUCAUAUGUAUCAGCUUGCGCAGGGUGGCACUGCUAUAGGGACUGGAUUGAACACCAAAAAAGGGUUUGAUGUAAAGAUCGCUGCAGCAGUAGCUGAAGAAACAAACUUGCCGUUGGUCACAGCAAAAAAUAAAUUUGAAGCACUGGCUGCACAUGAUGCUUUUGUUGAAACUAGUGGAGCCUUGAACACAAUUGCUACUUCCCUGAUGAAGAUUGCAAAUGACAUGCGGUUGUUAGGAAGUGGUCCACGUUGUGGCCUUGGUGAACUCAUUCUUCCUGAAAAUGAACCUGGCAGUAGUAUUAUGCCUGGGAAAGUGAACCCUACCCAGUGCGAGGCCCUUACUAUGGUUUGUGCUCAAGUCAUGGGAAACCAUGUUGCCGUUUCGGUGGGAGGAUCAAAUGGCCAUUUUCAGUUGAAUGUUUUCAAGCCUAUGAUUGCUAACGCUCUUCUACAUUCAGUGAGAUUGAUAGGGGAUGCAUCUGCUUCUUUCGAAAAGAAUUGUGUAAGGGGAAUUCAAGCCAAUAGGGAAAGGAUUUCAAAAUUACUGCCUGAGUCGCUAAUGCUCGUCACAGCUUUAAACCCUAAAAUUGGUUACGACAAUGCUGCAGCAGUUGCCAAGAAAGCCCUCAAGGAGGGAAGCACUCUGAAGGAAGCUGCACUAAAACUUGGAGUACUGAGCGCUGAAGAGUUCGACAAACUUGUAGUUCCAGAGAAAAUGAUAGGUCCCUCAGACUAACUAGCAUGAUAUAUAUGCUUUCAAAGUUUGUGAUGAUCCCUAGUCCCCCAAAUAGUUUCAAUGAGGUAUUGUUUCGCACCAUUUUCCUCCAUCUGGUGCAGGGGCAGACACCUUGGGGCAUGUGGGGUCACGUGCCCCAUGUCCGUUUUAAAAAAAAUUCCCAAAUUUGUAUAUGUACUAGUGGAUGCCCGUGCCUGAAAGCACGACACAACAUAUUUUUAACCCAAAAGUGAAUGGAAUUAGAGAAAAUAGAAAAGUAAUAGAUGAUAAUAGGU